AUGCAGCCUUUCGCGAACUGUUUUCCUUUUGCUCUCGUUCAGCCAGCAAGGAGCAUGGCCAUCAAAUAUACGUAUCGAGUCUGCUUUAAAGGCUCCCAGUUAGAGGGAUCCCAGCUCAUUGGAAGCAUCCGGCAUAUUUCCUCGAUGAAGAUACGGAAGCUCGAACGAAUUUUUAAUAUGAGAAACAAAGUGGUGAUUUGCAAACCAAGAUUACACAAAACUUUCAACCAGACCUUGUCCAUCCUCCAUGGAGACACAUAUAGCAUAUCUAGUAAAGUCUCCGUCUUUCAGAGCAGUCUCUCUGUCAUCCUGAUCGCUAGGUUUGAGAAUGCUCCCUAUCUUAAUUGCAGAAAAUGUGUCUUGAAAUAUUUCAGCUUGAAAUCGAGUUUCUCUUACACACCGUUUCAAGACGUUGGCGAGUACCAUGCAUGUCCCAAGACAAUUUAUACCUUGGAAGAUCUCUUACCUAAGCUCGGCAGGACAGUCAAAAUGAUGCCUUCUUCUCGUGAUGCCGUCAUCUUGCGACUCGGGAAGUAUGUGAUCAUUGGGGCCAGUCAUAGCCUAGAUCACGACAACUACACAUCACCUGUGUACAGCCAUGGUCAAUAUUGGGAAGAAGUGAGUAAUGACUUUGGGAUAAAUCUGUUGCCCUCCAACCCUAGAAAGGUCAGUAAAAGAAUCAAGAGAUGUGAAAAACUCCAGUUUGAAGCUAGUCUACCCAGUACACAAUGCCCACACUCACAUGUCCAGGUUCUGGCCAUCAGCAUCCUAGGCGAACGCAGGAUCAGAAUAGUAGCAUCACGUAAUCUCGCUGCACCGUCCGGGGUGCCCUCUCGAACGGCACCUUAG